UUUUUUUUGGUGUAGGGUCAGGGAGAUUAUGAUUAGUUUUUGGGCUGAGUAAAGAGACAAGUUAGAUGUCUAGAGGGAUUGUGAAUGGUGGUAUAAUGAAUAAACUUGGAAGAAAUGUCAAAGUUAGCAAUGAGAAACAGGAUGAGGUGGAUCCUGGUCUGAAAUUGUUGAAUUGCUGCUGAGUUUGGGAGACUGCAGUGCAAAUAUUUGAUUUUUGAGAAGAUGUGCUGCUUUUCAAGAUGAUGUUAAGCUUCACUGGAAUUGUGGAGGAUGGGGUAGGUGAAGAUGAUGAGCAUGGAUUUGGAAGUUGAGGGAAUUCUAGAAAGACUCUUGGAUGCCAUGAAUCGUGGUGGGAUAUCAGAAAUGGCCGCUCUGGUGGAAGCGGAGAGGAGGAGGGUCGAGCGGGUAACAGUCCAUGUGGCAGUCACUGGCACCUCGCGAGCAGGCAAGUCCGCCUUUAUCAACUCUGCAAUGGGCUUCCAAGAUGGCGACGAGGGUGGCCCCUCCACCGCUCCUAGCCAGGGGGCGACCAAGCCUGCACCUUACCGUCGGCCGGGGUUCCCUUGCUGUACGUUCUGGGAGCUGCCCAGCGUCGAGGACGCCAGCUUCUCCCCGGGGGACUACUUGCGGGCGGUGGAGGUGGACCGGUACACAGGCUUCUACAUCCUGUCAUCGGGCCGCUUCACGCAGCAGGCGGCGGCCCUCGCCGACGAGCUGAGGAGACUUGGCAAGCCCUUCUAUUUCGUCCGCACCAAGAUCGACAUGGACGCCCAUGGCUACAAGGACCGGGAGUUUGCCAAGAAGGCCCUGCAGGUCAUUGCCGCCAAUCGCUUUGCCUGCUUGGAUCUGGACUACGCUAUCGCUCGCUUUUUCUGCGUCUCCUGCCACGAGAGCGAGCGGUUUGACUUCCCGGCCUGCAUUCGGGCCCUGCAGAAUUCCUCCCCUCCGCUUCAGAGGCACGCCCUGUUGCUGUCCCUGCACCACCUUGCCGACAAGAUGGAGCUGAAGAACUCUCUGAAGGAGCUGAUCCCGGUGUCGGCCGUCUACAGUUGCGUCAUUGAUCCCGUCGCGGUCGAGCAGCUGCCUUACCGAGCGAACAUAGGCUUCCUGUGCGAAGAGAUCCGUCUCUACCGCCUCCUGCUGGGCCUUGACUACCCGGCCUUGAGCAAGAGGGCCCGGCUGGUCGGCCAGCCCGCUUUCGUCCUCUCGGACGAGAUCCAGACCCGCAUGGCCAGGGAGCUGACGGAGAAGGCCGUGGCAGAGGAGCUGCUCAGGUGGACGGAGAAGAACGUCCUGGUAUCCCCCAACAACGUGAAGUGGAUCCCCCUCCUCGAGAGCCUGCCUGGAGGGAAGCUUUCGGGGGCCUCCACCAUCAGGCUGCUGGACGCCAUGCUGGAGCAGUUCAUGGACGACGUCUACCGGAUUCGGAGGAAAGUGGCGAACGUGCUGAGGGGUGAUUGACCUCCUCGCUGAGGGUUCAACGAUUGUCGAUAUGAAUGGGAAGAUCCCAACUGCAAUAUCAACGUCCAUUUUGUACACCCUGAGGGGGGGGGGGGUGCGGCGGGCAAGUGGUUUUGUUUCCUAGUGUUGUUUUCUUUGCCCCCUCCCUAAUCCAUGCUGUCAUAGUGAAGGGAUUUCCCACUGGACCAAUCCUCCCUGCUAAUGCAAAUGCUUUAUUUCCUUGAAGAUUAAAGCUUUAAAAACUCUUUCAUCCCAACUCUUUCAUCUGUUGCAGUGACUUAAUGAGAUUCCCCUUGUGCAGAUUGACAACUCCCAUUCAGUAUCUAGGGCAACGAGACCAAAAGCAAAGGUGUGCUGUCUGUGUGUCUGUUGAGACAUUUUAUUUCACUGAAGUUGAGCUACAUGCUGAUAACUGUACCACUGUCCAACCACACCACUUCUUCUUUGUCCUUUUCAUCACUGUUACUCCAAUAUAUUGAAUAAGCCUGAACUAUCCACCCAUCUGUUAUUUUGUACAGCCCAACGUUUUUAAUCCCUUUGAGUUUAGAUGGAUUUGUGGGGGGACCAACUUUCUCUAAACCCUCCUGACUUCUUUUUUCAGGUAGAUACUGUGACUGCAUUUUAACGUCAAUAACAGUAGAUGGAAACCCUAUUGUGAACUGAUCUGAGAUGGCUGACUUCCUUUUUUUUUAACAAAGGUGAAUAAUAUGAACACAAACCAAUUCUAAAUUAUCUCAAUUUAACAGACUUGUGCCUGCAGAAUGAACCAAGAGGGUUCUGUUUUCUCAGGAGUGUCUGAAUCCUGAUUUUUUUUUUUAUCCAAAGCACAUUGACACUUUGUUGAGCCCAACAUUUGGGGAGAAGGACAGAUUAGUGUAUGAAAGGAAAUUCUUUUGGUAAUGCUAGUCCCUAGAGGAGCAAACAGGCCACUGUGUGGGAAGAGGAAACAUUAGUGGGUGAUAGACAGACGUAUGCAACAGGAAACUGAAUUGAGAAAGGAAAUCUCUAAAGGGGAUAAAAUAAAACAGGCCAUGAUUUCAGACUGAUGAGAGCUCAAGAUUUGAAAAAGGAAGUAAAUGGUUGGUUUUUCGCAAACCAAUUUAUAGCGGAGAGUCUCAUUUUGCUUUUCCUAAGUAUCCUCAUGAAAAGAAUAUAACUGCCAGAGUUUGCAUGUAACUUGCUGUUUUAUUACUAUUUAUUUGUAUCUAAAUCUUAAUUGAAUUAUGAAAUGUGUACAUGAAUUAUCAACUGAUUACUUGGUGGCUUCACUGAUUUGGAUGGUAGAGCAGAAACUCUUAAGAAUACCUUCAACAUUUUGCUAACUGAAGGAAGUGACUUGCACACACCACUUUCUGUGUGUGUCUGCAAUUGGAGUGGACUUUUUCCUGUGUGAGAUGGAUUGUUUUAAUAAAAUGGAGUAACUGGUUCUGCAUCAUUGUUCUAGAGUUGGCUGCCUUGUUUCUUUUUCCGACCCAGCUGUAGUGGUUCCUGUUUCUGUGCUGUAAAUAGUC